AUGCUUGGUCAGUCGACAAUUUCCUGUUCUAAUGGAGAAUUCAAACGUGGACGGGUGAGUCUUGGCGACGAUCCCAGGGUGGGUGCACCAAAAACGGCAGUCACCCAGGAAAACGUGGAUGCUGUGCGCAAACUCAUCAUUGAAGAUAGACAUGUGACAUUUCACGAGAUUGAGGCGUCUUUGAAGAUCUCAAAGACCUCAAUUCAAAAAAUUUUAGAUGAAGAACUAGGAGUAAGAAAAUUAGUUUCUCGUUGGAUACCCCACCUGUUGACUGAAGAGCAGAAAGCAGCCAGAUUAAAACUGUUACUGCGGAUUGGUAUACCACGAUUUCUUCGAAAAAUCAACUCCGAAAGAAGAAUCAUCCUCCACCAAGACCAUGCAAGCUCGCACGCAGCCCAAAAAACAAUGCAGCAUUUAACGGAAGAAAACGUGGAAUUAUUGGUCCAUCCUCCAUAUAGUCCCGAUCUAAGUCCUAACGAUUUUUUUACCUUCCCGAAAAUUAAAAACAGAGUGCGUGGUCAAAGGUUCCAGUCACCAGAAGAAGCAGUUGACAUAUUCAAAAAUGCCGUUUUGGAUCUGCCAGCAAACGAGUGGAAUAAUUGUUUAGAAAAUUGGUUCGAGCGCAUGCAGAUAUGUAUUAAUCUUCGUGGAGAAUACUUCGAAAAACAAUAA